AUGCAAGACGAAAUUGACACUAAAGCUCUGGCAUAUGUCCAGAGACGUGAAGGAAGAUGCUUAGGCAAAGUUAAUCCUAAUACAUAUUUAUGGUCAUGUAAAAAGGGUUAUCAAUGGGAAGCGCGUUACCAAG